CAGUCUACAGGAUGUGACGUAUUACAACUACUUCCAGGAAGCCUCGACAUGAAGCUUGAGGACGGAAUCACACCGACCCGCGAAAACUGCGUCUACAGCAGCUGUUACUGUGAAGAAAAUGUUUGGAAACUUUGCGAGUUCGUCAAGAAGGAGAGAACCGCACCUCUGGAACAUCUGUCUGUGGUUUUCAUCUCAAAUGAGAACCGAAUGGUUCCUCUGUGGAAACAGAAGUCUGCACGUGGAGACCAGCCGGUGAUCUGGGACUAUCAUGUGAUCUUGAUGGUCAGAGGUCUUCAGUCGGACGCUGUAGUUUAUGAUUUGGACUCUGAGCUGUCGUUUCCCUGCAGCCUGAAACUGUACAGCGCCAAGGCCCUCCGGUCGGACCGCAGCAUCAGACCCGAGUACCACAGGAAGUUGCGUGUCGUACCUGCUGACAGCUUCCUGUUGAACUUUGCGUCUGAUCGAUCUCACAUGAAAGCGCCCGACGGGUCCUGGAAGAUGCCGCCCCCCCCAUACCCCCCCAUUCACACAGCAGAGAGUCACAUGAACCUGGAUGACUUCAUCAGCAUGGACCCUGCGGUCGGCUGGGGGGCGGUCCUCAGUCUGGAUCACUUCCUGCGGAGCUACGCAGAAAACUCUUCAUCAUCAUCAUCAUCAUCGUAGCUGUCGCUGCAGACCUUCAUGUUCUGGGAUUUCGAAGAGUCGGACACAUGUGGACAUACAAACUUUUAGCUACAACUUCUGCUGAGCAUGAUCAUGAGCUUCAGCAGCAACAGCAGUGGAUGCUCACGGGUCAGAAACAUUCAAAAUAACUCAAGCUGGAGGUCAGAAGAUAAACCAGUCUGAUGGUUCUGUUCCCAGGAGAGUUCACACGUUAAAGGAACAGACACAGAGACUCACCUGUCUGUUCCUUCACACACCGGGUUUAUCAUUUCCUGGUUUGAAUCAUAGACCAAUAAAGUUUGAUGGCAUGAGGUCAAAUCAUAUCAAGCGCCCCCUGGCUGCUGAAUGGUAUUGGUCACUAAUCUGAAAAAGUGGACAUUAAAUAAAUGUUUUAAAAAAUG